CAAACAGCUGAAACCGUACCGAGCUCAGAUAAACCAAUUGGUUUAUACUAGCUCAAGUUAAAGAUAUUGGAUGUAUUGGAUUUGAAAAGCGGCGAACUUAAGGUGUGCGUUACCUCAUAAGCAUGAGGAUUUAUCGGUGCUGGUUUUGUUCGAGUCCAAUAUAUCCUGGCCACGGUAUCCUCUUCGUCAGAAACGACUGUAAAGAAUUCCGUUUCUGUAGAGGGAAGUGUCACAAAGCUUUUAAAAAGCAUAAAAAUCCUCGCAAAGUAAGGUGGACUAAAGUUUCCAGAAGAGUUCGAGGAAAAGAACUAACUGAUGAUCUUGCUCAAACAUUUGAAAGGAAAAGAAACUCAUUACUCAAGUAUGAACGAGCAACAGUUCAAAAAAUCAUUGAUGCUGUACCGAAAAUUGAUCAGAUCAAGCAUAAACGAGAAUCCGCAUUCAUUAAAAAACGACUAAUGAAAGGAGUACAAAUGCGUAGAGAAGAAGAUAUUAAACUUGUUAACACACAAAUGCAUCUAAUUGAAGCUCCAGGAGCCAAAAGAAAACGUGAACUUAUGGAUAUCGAUUCUGAAUCAAAUUUAUCAGAGGAGGAAACAAUGGAUCUUUCAUUUACUGAACUUGAGAAAGAGACAAGUAAAGGAAAAGUGGCUGACAAGUCGAAAACUCGUGCCAAGAAACAAAAAAUCGCUUUGGAAGCUAGUUAAUUGGAAGAGAUGCUAAUUUUGUAUUUAUUUGAAUUAUUAUUACAUUUUUCAUCUCAUUAAAUUGUGAUUUUUGUGCGAAUCUGGCUUAUGACUUAAGAGAAGUGUAAAUGACAGUUUAUAAGAGUGUCUUCAUCAAUCUUUCAUCUAUCUAUCUAUCAAAGUUAUCCUUGUAUAACAAAAACAGAAUAUAAAACUUCCGAAUAGACAUUUUGUACUCCUAGUGUUUGUUCAUCUACGGAUUUUGAUAUAUUGUCGUAAGCGUCAAGCUGUGCAUUUUUUUACAGAGAAAAUAGAUAGUUGUUUAGAGAUAUA